UAGAGGCGGCCACGAGUCGACACAACCGACGUGCACGCUUUGGUCCCAGGCUACGUGCACGCUGUGCUGGUGUGCUGCUGCCAGCUCGGAGCGGAACAGAGCGCCCCACAGCUUAGAGCCAGCGGCAGCUUUGAGUCGCCGGGACAAAGAUGCCUCACUGCAGCCUGCACGCUACUGUCGUCCUCCUAUUAGUGAUCCUUAAGGAGCAACCUUCCAGCUCAGCCCCACUCAACGGAUCCAAGUGGACCUACAUUGGUCCUGCUGGGGAAAAGAACUGGUCCAAGAAGUACCCGUCAUGUGGGGGCCUCCUGCAGUCCCCGAUAGACCUACACAGUGACAUCCUUCAAUAUGAUGCCAGCCUGGCACCACUCCAGUUCCAAGGUUACAAUGUGUCUGUUGAAAAGCUAUUGAACCUAACCAAUGAUGGCCAUUCAGUGAGACUGAAUCUGAACUCAGACAUGUACAUCCAGGGACUCCAGCCUCACCAGUACAGAGCGGAGCAGCUGCACUUGCACUGGGGGAACCGCAAUGACCCCCAUGGCUCUGAACACACCGUGAGUGGGAAGCACUUUGCUGCUGAGCUGCACAUUGUCCAUUAUAACUCAGACCUGUACUCCGACUUCAGCGCCGCCAGUGACAAGUCAGAAGGGCUCGCUGUCCUUGCUGUUCUUAUUGAGAUAGGCUCUGUCAAUCCGUCCUAUGACAAGAUCUUCAGUCAUCUUCAACACGUCAAGUAUAAAGGCCAACAAGUGCUCAUCCCAGGCUUCAACAUUGAAGAACUUCUGCCUGAGAGCCCUGGCGAGUAUUACCGCUAUGAAGGGUCCCUGACUACACCUCCUUGCUACCCUACUGUGCUCUGGACAGUUUUCCGAAACCCUGUGCAGAUUUCCCAGGAGCAGCUGCUAGCUUUGGAGACAGCUCUGUAUUUCACACACAUGGAUGAUCCUUCCCCCAGAGAAAUGGUCAACAACUUCCGGCAAGUCCAGAAGUUUGAUGAGAGGCUGGUGUAUAUCUCCUUCCAACAAGGACUGCUUACCGACACAGGACUGAGUUUGGGUAUCAUCCUUUCAGUGGCCCUGGCUGCUGUCCUUGGGAUCUCCGUUGUUCUGGCAGUGUCUGUUUGGCUCUUCAAAAGGAAGAAGAGCAAAAAAGGUGACAACAAGGGAGUCAUUUAUAAACCAGCUAUCAAGAAGGAGGCUGAGGUCCACGCCUGAGGUCCCUGGCAGUCUCAGACAUCCAAGGAAGGACCUUGCUUUGGACACUACAUACUUUGGCUCUCUGGACACUUGAAAUACCUCAAGGUGUUCUCUUGAGCUCACCUGUAUCCCCUUCCCCCAGACUCUUGUGAGGCUUCCAGCUGGGCCUCCCCUGUUCCACUGUCACAUCCAUCCCAGAAUGACCAGUGAGUGGGAUGAAGUGAACUAGGGGGCAGGAGUUUUGAGUGGACUUCUCCAGCUGUGUGAGAUGGCUAAAGAUUCUGAAUUCUGAGUCACAAAACCUAACUUGCUGGUGGACCAUUCUGGUUUGGAAAACACUAGCAUCCUGGUUCUUCCUGGUACAUUUCCAGAGUCCUGAAGGUUAUUCUCCAACCUUCCAGACUACAACAUGCACCCUUUGCUUAGGUGACACUUUUGAAACUCAGCUUCCUUCCUCAGGGAGCAGUUGUUCUCCUUGGAUUUCCUUCUGCUCUGACAGACCCGCCAACCUGACCUCACACCUACAGGGAAGAACUGAGACAGGAAGUACAGAUUAUCAGAAAGAAAUGAAAACCAUAAUAUACCAGGACAUUUUUACAGUCCUAUCUUUUGGGUUACAGACAUUGACCAUGCCUUACAGCAAAGCACGCCCAUGUUUUAUUCCUUAGUGGGGAUGGAACAGAGACAGAGAAAGGAGAAGCAGAGGGAGCGGGAAGGCAUACACUGUCCAGGAGUCGGCCUUUGGAGCCAGAACUGGACUCAAGAUACAGUGCAGGGGAAACAGUCUAUGCUAUCACCUACUUGGCCUCAGGAGGACAGUUACACUUUACACUCCACUCCGUUAUUUGGAAAUGAAUUACUUCCUCUGUCCUGGAAUAAUCUACUCUGUUUUGAACUCAGGGGAAGCAGACAGAAUCAAGACUACUGGACAGCUUUGCCUCCUUUGCCCAAAUGUCCAUUCUACCUUGUCUGAUCUUCCUACUACCCACUCGGUGUCAGGACUGUCUACUCCUCUGGCUGUGGGGAAGUCUAAAUAAUGUCUAGUGAAAUGUAUUUUCAUAUUAUCAAAGCAGGAAGCUAUCUAUCUGUGUAGAGCUAAACCAGGUCUUGGUAUUUAAGUACCGAGACCAAUAGAAUGUUUCUAAGAUUCUCCCUGUUCUUCCCCUCAGUCCCAUGGUUUCUGGGAAUGCUUAAUCCCUUCUUCAUGUUCUUUCCAUCGAGGUGAGAACCCUGUGGAGAGCAGUCAGUUCCAUGGCUCAGAAGAAAUCUCAGUCACCAGCCCCUGAUUGCUAGUUCCUUGCAGUUCAUAGGGAGUUCUCUGAGUUAGUCUCAUUUUGACAGCAUGGAAUGUCCUCUUGAAGAACAGGUUUAUAUAUAUUUUUCUUCUUCUAUCCUCCCUCCUGACUUGAUAAAAAUCUCUUCCGCUAUUACAGUGUUUCACAGUGGCGGCCCUGUGUCUUUGUAGCAUAAUUCACUGGGCAAGAUUACAGGUGAUUAGAUGGGGGCUCAGCUGUGUGUGCAGUAUCUGUGCAUGCACUCCUUGGAGUCUGGGUGCCACCCUAGCCUUGGGACCAACAUGCCUGAUGGUGUCACCAGAGCGAGGGCAAGCCUCAAGAAGAAACAACCCAAUUUAGGUGGCGUCCUGACCUUGGUCCAGGAUUGUCCUCCAGAAGCUAUCAUAAAGCAGUCCAGGGCAGCAAGUCUGUCUUAAAGAAGUGUACACACUGACAAGUUAUGUGAGAGUACAGCGAGGUCAUCAUAGCUGGCCUGAGGAUUGGUCAGAAAAGGAGAGAUGCUAGGAGGUGAAAACAGUGGCAUUUCUCCUUCCCUCUUCCCCUUCAGCAUGGUCCAGGCAUUCAGUCCUCGCUCAAUCCUCAUGGCUGAGAUGAAACAAAGCCAGGGAGGCAGAAAGAGUGCUCCAAGAAUCAGCGCUGUCAACCUUUAACUCCUGAAGAUGCAGCUUUCUUCAGAUUCAAAAUCAUUCUGUUGGACACCUGGCCACCACUGAGGGAAAGCAGUGCUGUGGUUUAUGAUGAACAGCGCGCCUUGCACUCCUUAACUCUGCUGUGUGAGGUGCAAGGUGGGUGCCUGGGAGAGCCUGGGCUGGCACAGGGCUGGGCACAUAGCAGGUGGAGAUGACCAACACAACGCAUGGGUGGGCAGGGGGCACGCACCAGGGACCUGAGGAAGGCACUGGCUUCUGCAGUAUUUCCUCUGCCUCUAACAGGAAAACUUGAGUCUCUGUUCUUUGUUAGUAUCUGUCUUCUAUUAUAGCAAAUCCUAUAUCCAUGGCUUUAAUGGACAUUCUAAAAUUUGCUGCACUGACAGUCUUAAUAUUUCUAUUUCUCUCCCUCUCGAUACUCUUUGAAGACCUCCUGAUUGGCCCUGAGGAAGUACCAGGGGUAACAGUAUCUCUGGGUCCCUGUCCCUCAGCCCAUAGGCCACUGUGAUAAUUGUCUGCUUAGCAUUUCCAUAUUUAUUGUACCAAUGAUUGUAAUGAAGACAUACACUGAAAGUUUGAGAUUAUAAUAAAAACAUUUUUCACAUCUGA